CCUUGUUUCCAGAAUCCUUAGCGCGAGGCGGAAAAAUACUCGUUUAUGUUCAGCUUCUGUUGAUUAGCGCACUUUCACUGCGUGCUCGUUUUUCGCCUUCGUUGUUGCGGUUUCUCCAAGGGAAAUGGCGGCCCCCGAGCAGCCGCUACCGCCGAUGUCAAGAGGAUGCCAGAGCUCUGCCUCGCUCUCCCCGCCGCGGGGCGACCGAACCCUUCUAGUGAGGCACCUGCCAGCCGAGCUGACCGCCGAAGAGAAAGAGGAUUUGCUGAAAUAUUUCGGGGCGCAGUCGGUGCGCGUCCUGUCAGAUAAGGGACGACUGAAACAUACAGCUUUUGCUACUUUCCCUAAUGAAAAAGCAGCUAUAAAGGCAUUGACAAGACUACAUCAGCUGAAACUUUUAGGUCAUACUUUAGUUGUUGAAUUUGCAAAAGAGCAAGAUCGAGUUCAUUCCCCCUGUCCCCCUUCAGACCCUGAAAAAAAGAAAAGAUCUGAUGACCCUGUGGAAGAUGAUAAAGAAAAGAAAGAACUUGGUUGUUUAACCAUAGAAAAUGGAAUUGCACCAAACCAUGGGCUGACAUUUCCUCUGAAUUCAUGCCUCAAGUAUAUGUAUCCACCACCUUCAAGCACAAUCCUAGCAAACAUAGUAAAUGCUUUGGCAAGUGUGCCUAAGUUCUAUGUACAGGUGCUUCAUCUUAUGAAUAAAAUGAAUUUGCCCACACCUUUUGGACCAAUUACUGCACGACCUCCCAUGUAUGAAGAUUAUAUGCCAUUACAUGCACCUCUUCCACCUGCAUCUCCUCAGCCACCAGAGGAACCUCCUUUGCCAGAUGAGGAUGAGGAAUUAUCAAGUAUAGAAUCAGAAUACGAAAGCAGUGAUGAUGAAGACCGACAAAGAAUGACCAAACUAAUGGAACUAGCAAAUCUUCAGCCCAAAAGGCCAAAAACAACAAAGCAGCACCACGUGAGAAAAAAGCAAAAAAUAAAGGAUAUGUUGAAAACACCUUCAUCUGCUCCACAUAGCAGUUUACAUCCAGUGCUGUUACCUUCAGAUGUAUUUGACCAACCACAACCUGUAGGUAAUAAGAAAAUUGAAUUUCAUUUAUCUACUGACAUGCCAUCCGCAUUUAAGAAAGAUCUAGAAAAAGAACAAAAUCGUGAAGAACAAAAUUAUGAUUUACCUGCUCCUGAAAGUGAUGCACCCAAUGUAGGUUUUGGAAAAAUCUUCCCUAAACCUAAUUUGAACACCACAGAAGAGAUUAAAGAGGACUGUGAUGAAAUGCCGUCAGAAUGUAUUUCUAGAAGGGAGUUGGAAAAAGGCAGAAUUUCUAGAGAAGAAAUGGAAACACUUUCAGUUUUCAGAAGUUACGAACCUGGUGAACCAAACUGUAGAAUUUAUGUAAAGAAUUUAGCUAAACAUGUUCAAGAAAAGGACCUUAAAUUUAUUUUUGGGAGAUAUGUUGACUUUUCCUCAGAAACACAACGGAUAAUGUUUGAUAUACGUUUGAUGAAAGAAGGUCGCAUGAAAGGACAAGCUUUCAUUGGACUUCCAAAUGAAAAAGCAGCAGCAAAAGCCUUAAAGGAAGCUAAUGGAUAUGUUCUUUUUGGAAAACCUAUGGUGGUUCAGUUUGCUCGAUCUGCUAGACCAAAACAAGAUUCUAAAGAAGGAAAAAGGAAGUGUUAAAAAUUAAUGAAGGUUCCUUUUGAUUCCAUGUCUUCCAACUGCUUUCCAACUUUAAGGAGAAGAAAUUGACACCUGGGGUAUGGAACUGUGCGUAACAGCUUUUAAAGUAUAUUUAAAAAUUAAAUCUAUAUGCAUUUAAAUCAGUUUAUUGGAGAUAUAUUACAUGUAUUUUAAUCAUUUUCCUCAUAUAUAAUAAAUUAUUUUCUUUCCAAUAAAA